UCUAGCAUAAUGCCAUCAUUAGUAGCUGAGUAGCUACGCUACAAGAAAAAAUAUUUUUUGUCUAUAAGUAUUAAUUGCUAUAAAUCGAUUGAGCAAAAACUGACAAUUACGGUAAUUGCGACUAGGCUUAUUUAACUUACUAGUAAUAAACUAACUACGCCUACUGAAUGGAUCAAAAACACUAAAUUUGACGGAACGACGGAGACAAAGGUAAUAAUAUAUUAACAAAAUGACCCAAUAUCUGCCGCCAAAUCUUUUGGCGUUAUUCGCCUCCCGAGAUCCAAUACCGUUUAUGCCCCCGGUGGAUAAGUUGCCGCAUGAAAAAAAAUCACGAGGGUAUCUGGGCGUAGCCAAAUUCAUGAGCGACUUCGAAGACCCAAAGGACACACCACCUCCCAAAACAGUGGAAACGCGUCAGGAACGACUCGAGAGAAGGCGUCGUGAAAAGGCUGAACAAGUCGCAUAUAAGCUAGAACGUGAAAUUGCACUAUGGGAUCCAACCGAGAUUAAAAACGCUACAGAGGAUCCAUUCCGAACACUCUUCAUAGCGCGUAUCAACUACGACACCUCCGAGUCAAAACUCAGGCGCGAGUUUGAAUUCUACGGUCCCAUCAAAAAGAUCGUGCUCAUUCAUGAUCAGGACUCAGGUAAACCGAAGGGCUAUGCCUUUAUUGAGUACGAGCACGAGCGAGACAUGCACGCAGCGUACAAGCACGCGGAUGGUAAGAAGAUAGACAGCAAGCGUGUCCUUGUGGAUGUUGAACGUGCUCGCACAGUUAAGGGAUGGCUGCCACGUCGACUGGGCGGCGGCUUGGGCGGCACACGACGAGGUGGCAAUGAUGUAAAUAUCAAGCACUCCGGCCGCGAGGACAAUGAGCGUGAGCGUGAACGCUAUCGCUUGGAGCGUGAGCGUGAGGAUCGCGAGGGUGGUGUUCGUGGCGGCGCCAACAAUGGUCUCGAUGGACGUGGCGGGCGUGCCCCCUACGGCGGGGUUGUGGGCGGAGAGAGGCGUCGCUCGCGCUCCCGAGAUCGCAGAGAGCGCGAACGGGAACGCGGGGCACGUGUUGGUCGCUCACGCAGCCGUUCGCGCGAACGCCGAAAACGUCGUGCCAGCAGCAGGGAUCGUGACUAUGACGAUUUCGAUGGACGACGGGACAGGCGAGACAGAGAACGCGAUCGCGAUCGUGAGCGUGAAAAGAAAAAGAAGCGUUCCAAAUCACGAGAACGCGAAUCAUCGCGUGAGAGGCGCGAUCGCAAGCGUGAGCGACGAGAUCGGGAUCGCGGAGGCUCUGAUCGCAGCGGUGGCGGCGAUCGUGAUGUCAAGGAACGCAAACCAGAUUUCCGUGAAAUGGAUAUGAUAAAGAUUAAGGAGGAGCCCAUCGAUGACGGUUAUCCAACAUAUUCGAUGAAUGACUAUCAAAACACGUCCAUCAAACGUGAACUAGACGAUGAGAAUGAGGAGAAGUAUCGGCCGCCCGCUACACAUCACAAUAUGUUUAGUGUGCCUCCACCACCGAUACUUCCUCGCAGUAACAAUCCAGAUAAUGGUGGUCAAAAUGCCAGCGAUCCGACUUGGUGGCGGCAGUAAGAGUCCUGUCCAUCGAUACUACAGCAAUAACAAUUGGUAAUCGAACACGAUAACAAUUUUCAGAGUUUUUUCUUGUAAUCAACCUGCGCUGGUAAAACACUACUAUUAUAACUGUAACCAACCCAUCAUUUGGCACAAUCGAUAGUCUCGAUUGUUUUUACUUAUUUAUUCAAUUGAAAUUUGAAAUUUGAAAUUCAUAGCGAACAGCCAAUGGGACGAUACAGUUCGGAAUCAUCGAAGCGUAAGACAUACUGUAAGUCCGUUUUAAGCUGGAAGCACUUUCGAUUGCUAUUUUUAAAUUUAUCUUGAAAGCAAAACAAAAAACAAAAAAAAAAACAAGUAUAAAAUAACUAAAGAAAAAAAAGAACAAAUCAACAGAAAUAUUUGUGCAUAGCUUAAAUACGUUUAAAUAUGUAAGUAAAUCUUAACAAUUGAAAAUGAAGAGUAAGUAAAAAUAAAUGAGAUCAACAUGUGUUUGUUUCCCCACCUUUGGUAAGGGGGUAUAAGGGAAUGCUUUGGUAUAUGGUAUAUGGUAUAUAUAUAUAUAUAUGACUAUCCGGAUUCCGAGCGAGUACUGAUUGGUUUGUUUUGGUCAAAACAUGUUUAAAAUUAAUCACAAACAAAACACAAUUCUAUUAUAAUUCUGUGCGCUAACUCGUGCCAUUUUGUUUUCUUUAUUUUUUGCAGUUUUCAAUAUUGAAAAUCUGAAAAUCUGUAUAUUGAAUAUAUACGUCCAGAGUGUGAAAACAAAUCAUAAGUAUUUUAACAAACAAAAUCAAAACUUAGUUCCGAAAGCCAUAAUUCCCCCAAAAUAAAAAUAAAGUACUCAAUGCCUUGACCCAUUAGAAACUUAUCAAAAUCAGGUAAUUCUUCUCUACACAAAUCUCACUAAUCCUUGCGUUUACCGUUUUAGGCCAACACUAGAAACGUGAUGGCUCCGCUUAUUCAAUUGGUGUACCAUAGCUCAAUCCAAACCUGGGUCUGUGAGUAAGU